ACACUAAAUGAAAAUUCACAAAGUAGAGACAGGGCUGUGUUCUGUAGUGUGACUCAGGCAGCCCAGGCAACCCGGGUCGCCCAGAUCACCUGAGUUGCCCAACUGAAUGGUUUUGGGCACCUCCCAUGAUACUGUAAACAAAUUAUCAAUGUUGCCAUGGAAACAGCCACAUCCUACCCAACUCAGUAACAGUAAACAUAUGGGUAGUGCUUUUCCACUUGGUGAUUUUUAUUACAGAGUACUUGCUGUCUUUGGUGAUGAGAAUAUUGGUGAAGAUCUGUUACUAAUAUCAUUCAUUACUCAUCCCAUUUCCUUUAUUUUCAUUCUUUUAUAUAUUUAGAACUCAAUACUUUACUUACUAGUGCAUGUCAUUUCAUGUAUGUGGACUGUAUUGUAGUCAUCUGCAAUAAAUGAGCGAGUAUAGCACUGAUAUAAGUAUGGCUGGGUGGCUAUUUUUGUUGUGACGUCAUCACAGCACAGAGUGCACCACCUCUUCACUUAUAAACCUUUUCUACACUCUUAAACACUUUUUAAACUCAAACUUCUUUUAGACAGCCUUAUGUAUAAAAAAAAAUGUAAAUUUAGUACACUCACCUGCGAAGAUACUACAGUUUGAUUGAUGAUGAUGAUGACAGUAUGUGUGAUCCUUUGUUUACUCAUCUACAUAUUUUCUUUUAAUGUAUUUCAAUCAGUGUGUUCUACAGUACAGUGCUGUACUGUAUUUUUAUUUUUAUUUAUUAAUUUAUUAAUUUUUAGGCCAGAAAAUGCUUAUUUUGUUAGAGAUAAAUAAAAUCUGAAAAGUAUAAAUACCUAUCGGCUGCAGAAACCAGAGAUAUAUUGAAAAGUCUGCAUUAUAAAUUUACAUAUUUGAUGGCUCAUAAGGCGCACCUUUUCUCCAAAAAAAGUCUCAGGAAAUGAGCCUGCGUCCUAUGGGACCAAGGUUCCUGACACUGAGGCAGUGGUUUAUGAUAACUGACACUAGCACUUCCUAUGCAGUGGUCUCUUGGAAGGAUAAUGCCAACAAUCAACAACUUUAUGAAGCCAGUAAGUGUGUACAAGAUUCCAAGACUUGAAAAAGAAGAUGAGCCCAUGCCUCAUUUGAUAUCCUACAUCCCUCUCAAACACCAAGAUGAAAUCAAGACACAAGGAGCUACUCUCAGGAUUCACCACACUCCUGGCCAUACCACAGAUCAUGCUGUGCUGGAGCUGGUUGAAGAAGAUGCAGUAUUCAGUGGGGACUGUGUACUUGGGGAAGGCACUACAGUAUUUGAAGAUUUACAUUCCUACAUGACUUCCCUUCAGAUGCUGGUGAAGAUGUGUCCAAAGAUUGUCUACCCAGGACAUGGACCUAUAAUUGAGGACCCAGUACCAAAGAUUCAACACUAUAUUGACCACAGGAACCAGCGUGAGAAGCAGAUCCUGAAAGUGAUGAAUUUGGAAACUAAGAAGUUUCUUACUGCAAUGGAGGUGGUGAAAGCUGUCUAUAAGUUAUUUAGCCAUCCAGGUCUGGCUGCCCUAUGGCGGGGGUGGCUGGGUGAUGGCUCCGGUGGUGGGUCCCCUGGCCUUGGAGGUGGUGCUGGACUGGGCUGGGAGAGCGGUUUCAGGUGCAGGCGUGUCCAGAGAGACAGCCAGCCACUUCUGUUGAGCUUCACCAGGACACACCAGAACAUCUACACCUUGCUGCAGCUGAGAAUGUCACCAACCAUAUGCAUAAACUCCUAAAAGAUGGCAAAGUUGUCAGUCAAGGAGACAGAUGGUGUUUGGUACAGAGGAAUGGUAAACUCUAAGGCAGGGUGACCAAAGAAUAUAUUAAUAAUUAGCAAAUUUAAGUUUAUUAUGCAGAAGAGCAAACAGAGCAAUACUCUUUAUUAUUCUAUGUGAGAUUUGAAAUUACUUUAUUGAUAGCUUGGAAUCAAAGUAUGAUCAUGGUUAUAAUUACUUUAAUAAAGUGCAGUAAUAAUU